GCCGGCACAGGGUCCUUUCCUCUCGCGCGCAUCUUGCCCAGCGCCUCUGUCUCGUAUCAACCAUCCGGCCGACCAUCCGGCCGACCAUCCGGCCUUUCGACUCGCCCGGCGCCCCGUUGCUUCUGCAUCGACACUGACCGAGCACUGAAUCAUAUCCGCCGCCAAACAUCCAUCUGAACGUCCAUCCAAACAUCGUCGGCUCGUUCUGGCCAUCUCCCUUUCUCGCGGCCCGACUCCCAGCCCCGUUUGGUCCAGCGCAUAUCCGCAAUGAGCCCAUAUCAGACCCAGCAUGAGCCUCUUGUCGUGGACGAGGCCGACAUCACCAGCAGUGUCGGCGGCCCUCCCGCCCUGACUCCUCUCGCCCCCAAUGCCAUCGCCAGCAACAGCAUCGUCGGCGACGGCAACGAUAACAACAUCGACGGCAACGACAGCAGCGACGGCAGCGGCGACCCCAACGAUGCUGGCCGCGGCGAAUCCUCCGAACCUUCGCCGUCGCAGCAGCCCGGCUACCUGCCUUACGAGGACGACCCCGAGACCGUCCUGGCCCAGCUCGUCUCGCUCGGCUUUGACUCGCAGUGGUGCCAGGUCGCCAUCGCAGAGGCCCUCGAGAACGAAGCCUCGACGUCGUCCCUCUUUGAGCUCGUUCUCAACCGGAUGCUGGACCGCCAGGACCAGGGCGAUGCCCGCGCCAUUACAUACUCGCCCGCCCAGUCCCCAAAGCCCUCCCGUCCCAACUCCAAGCGCCAGCCCACCAAGGGCAUCCUCAAGCCCGGCGUUGUCCCGCCUCAACAGACUACUGCCUUUGCGGGCAAAUCGGCUGCCCCGUCAUGGUUCGCCAAGGGCAUUGGCUCGGCCGCGAUUGCAUUUGCAAAGUUCAAGACCUCGGCUGCCAUUGCGGCCAACGAAGCCGUCAACACCAUCAACGAUCUCGUCGGCACUGCUGCCGGCCCCGCCGGUGGUUCCGGCUCGUCCACCCCGCCGUUGCUCGCCUCUGACGGCACCGAGGCUCUUCCUGCGAGACCCGCCGCGGGUUCCCUCGAGCAUCGCUCCGACCCGCAAGCGUUUGUUAUCGACAAUGGCUCAAUGUCGAGUCUCGAAAGCAAUCUCGCGCCUGCCCCAAAGUCCCAGUCGAUCCAGGACGUCCACGACAUGAGGACGGACUAUCGCGCCAGCAUUGGCGGCUCGGAGCGGACCAGCGAUCUGGGCUCGCUGGAACUUCCCCAGUUCCCAAAGCGCGUGCGCUUCUCGUUCCCGGACAUCCGCAUCGACCCGGAGGAGUUCUCGCCGGUUCAAACGUCGCCGUCAGGGGCCUCCGCCUCGACAGCAUCACCCUCAGCACAGCUGGAUGCACAGAACGACCCAGAGGCUGACGAAAAGGCGCACUGGGAGCUGGAAAAGUCCGCCAUCGCUCCCACAAACGGCUCUGUCGUCCAUCUCUUUGACCAAGGCGGCUUUACGAGCGAGGAUCUGCACCAAUACUACACGCAGUCGUGGCAGCGCCGCGGCGAGCAGCCUAUCGAGAAGCUCAAUGUGCAGCUGCUAACGGCCAUCGAGUCCAAAAGCAUCCUCACACGCAUGGACUUGUCGGGCACGACAAUCGACCGCAAGCACGUCGCCUCCCUGGCCGACAUUCUGAUGAUCGAGACUGGCCUGGUCUCGCUCAGCAUGGAGAACUGCAACAUUGAGGAUGAGAUCCUCAAGGUUUUACUGCACUCAGUCCUCAUCACCAACACCCUUCAGUCCCUGAGUCUGGCCAACAACCGGCGCAUCAAGGUGCAAGGCGUCAAAUACGUUGCUGUACUGAUCAAGAAGACCAAAUCCCUCAAACACCUGGAUAUAUCCGGAAUCUCGAUCGAUCGGCAAGGCAUGGGAUUCCUCAGCCAUGCGCUCGCGCAGGGAUCGCAGAAUCCACCGGUGGGAUCGACACUGGAGACCCUGAAGAUGGACUCGUGUCAGCUCCGAGCGCCGCUGCUGGAAGUGCUGGCCAUCGGAGUCAACCAUUCGCAGGUCAUCCGUCUAUCCCUCCGAGACAACAAAAUGAACGCCGACUGCGGUCUCUAUCUCUUUGAUUUGCUCAAGAACGAGCGUGUCAGUGCCAACGGAAGCACACCGAUCCGCCAGCAGCCCCGAACGCGCGGAAUCGAGUCGCUGGAUCUGCGCGGCAACGAACUCAAGAGUGGGGUUCAUAAAAUUGCGAGAGCACUCGGCGAUCAGCUGUGGCUCCGGCAUUUGGUGUUGCGCGACAACAAGAUGGACCAUGUUGCUCUCGUAAUCCUCUCGGAGCACUUGAAAACAAACAGGACCGUCACCGUGCUAGAUCUCAGCAGCAACCCACUCUGCUUGGAUUCACUAAAUGGGGUCACGGCCUUGCUCGAGGCCCUGGUCCUGAACAAGACCCUCAAGGAACUGUCGCUGGCCAAUACCCAUUUGAACUCUGAAGGUGCCAUCGCGUUUGCGGAAGCCAUGCCUCUGAUCAAGUCGGUACAAAAGCUCGACAUCACCUACAAUCCGAUCGAUAUUGCGGGUGUCCUCGCGAUAUCCGUGUCGCUGAAGCUCAACAACAGCUUCACGAUGCUGGAGCUGGCGCCGUUCUUGGAUCCCCAGCGCGGAGUCAUCUCGAAUCAAAGCGACGAUAUGGCGCGUCUCCUGAACGACAUCUCGAUCUACUGCCAGCGGAACGAGGCCAUUCUGCAGACCAAACACGAACUCGACGGCGACGAGCAGAAGGACAUCUUUCCAUCCAUACAGCCGUUGACACCGCCUAAUCCAAGGCUGCUACAGCGCUUGGGCUUGAAGAAACCGCCACCGCCCGCUAAAAACAUCCUGCAGCUCUUUUGGGACAAUGACCCCGGCAUGCAAUCCUCCGACAGCUCUCCCAGGCCCUCAGCGACCUCUGAUCGAUCCUCCACCAGCGACAACCAGCGUUCGUCCUUCAAUCAGGGCGACUAUAUGGAGCGGGUGUCGAACGCGACCGAGACCCUGGGUCUGUUCGAAGAAGUUAUGGAAGAGAUUGGGAACAGCGGCGACUCGGAUGGGCUGCUUGAGCAACUCAACGGCGAGCUCGCCGAGUUUCAAGAAAACAUCAAAGACCGAAUCGCAAGCGGCCUCAUAACGGACGAGGCCAUUUUGGGCCAUCUCCUUCUUUUAAACGACCGCCUCGGUGCAGCGUUUGCGCUGUACCAAUCUCGCAAGGAAGCGUCCGCCGAGCAUCUGGAGGACCCUGCUCCGAGCCGCUUCUCCCAGGCCACACGGCGCUCGUCGCUCGACAAGUCACCGGUCCGUGUCGCCGCGGCGGCGCAGGCAGCAGUAGUGACCGAAGCUCUGCAACAGCAGGAGCAGCAGGAGCAGCAGGGGCAGCAAAGCGCCGUUGACCCGACAGUGCCCCCAGAGAAACCAAAGAGGUCGACGCCGGUUGUCAAAUCACCGGCAGUUCCGGCGCACCUCCGUGCGUCCUUUGGCCAAGACUUUAGCAGCGACAGCAUUGGGAGUCUGCACAGCCUCGGCAGCGUGGAGUCCGUGGCCGAGCCUGAAUCGCGGUACAUGCCGGGCUCCCAGAUCGGCCACCCGCCACAGCUGAACAGCGGCGACGAGUCCAGUGAAGCCGGGCUGCAUCUGUCUCCAAAGCGCAAGGCCGUGGGAAAGAGCGCACUGAGCAGCAAAAUCGACAAUGGAACGACCGAAGAGUUCCUCAAGGAGCUCGAUGAACAGAUGAAGGAGAUUGAUGAGUUUUUACAUCCGCAGACACCGAGCGCAAACACACCGGGGGGCAAAAGCCAGGACGCCGAUCUCUUUGAGGACGAUCCAUGAUCUCUGUUGCUGCUCUGUGCGAGGGAGCUCCGCCUUGAAAUACACCUGAUUGAUCUCCUU